AUGCUGGCCCGGCAGGGGCUGUUAGAACGCCUACCCAGUGAUGCCUCCACUGCCGGCAACCUCGCGAGCGUACGGGGACUCUCCCCUCUGCAGAUGCAGAUGCAGGCAGACGCCGAGGGAGGAGAUGCCUUUGCGGCAGGAUCAGCUGGUGGUGGGGGUGGGGGUGAUGAUUUGCUGCUUAGUUUUGCAGCAGCAGAGCCAGGUGUUUCCGCAGGUGGUUCUGGGGCUGUGGGCGAUGCGGCCUUUUCAGCCGGCAGCAACGCGCGACCGGCAUGGAUGGGAACGUGGGAGGCACCUGAAACCAACGGUCAGGAUCCUCCGGAUGAGCUCCCGUCUUUCCUCAAGGAUAUCCAGACAGGAGGGCUGUCGACACUAGGAGGAGGGGGGAGGGGGGCGGCAGCAGCGGCAGGGGGUGUGGGUGGGGGGACAGUGGCACGGCUGUCGUCAGUAGAAGGGAGGGAGCUGCAGAACCUGCUUCGCUUUGGCAGUAUGGGGGGGCUUCUAGCCCCUCCGCUUUCUAGACUUGGCUCCCUAGCGGCAGGGGGAGCAGCAGCAGGAGGAGGGGCAACAGGAGGAGGAGGGGGAGGAGGAGGGGGAAACGAGAGGGAGACAGUGGCACGGUUGUCAUCAGUGGAUGGGCGGGAGCUGCAGAACCUGCUUCGCUUUGGCAGCAUGGGGGGGCUUCUAGCCCCUCCUCUUUCCAGGCUAGGGUCCCUGGCGGCAGGGGGAGGGGCACCAGAAGCGGGGUCAGCUGGGGGAGGAGGGGCAGGAGGAGGGGGUGGGGCGGGGGGUGGAGUGGGAAACGAGAGGGAAACAAUGGCACGGCUGUCAUCAGUGGAUGGGCGGGAGCUGCAGAACCUGCUGCGCUUUGGCAGCAUGGGGGGGCUUCUGGCUCCUCCACUCACACGUCUUGGCUCACAGGCAGCAGCAGCUGCUGCAGCUGCCACUGCUGCCACUGCUGCUGCUGCUGCUGCUGCUGUCCAGAGACGAAGUCCUGAACGUUCCCCUGUACACUCACCAGCUACACCGGCUGCAGCAGCAGGUGGUGCUUCUAGGCUGCAACGCACUGGCUCUCCUGUCUAUCGACCCUCCUUCUCGCCUCCUUCUCGUCCUUCCCUCUCCCCACCCUCUCACCGCCCUCCCUCCCCUCCUGCUCCUCGUCCUCCCUCCCCGCCCGCUGCCCGCUCUCCCUCUCCCCUUUCCCGCCCCUCCCUCUCGCCGCCCAAGCGCCGCCCAGGCUCCCAGCCCACCCACCGCCUGGCUUUUGAGUCAACUCAAAAUUUAUCCUGCCCAGGCUCCCCUCCUGCCCAUUGUCUGGCGCGCGUGGAUUCGCUCACUUCCAACUCGCCCCUCACGUCGCCCACUCCUGUGGUUUGGGGGAAGCAGCGCGCAGGGUAUGGGGACGGCCUGGCUGAUGGGGGGUGGGAAAGGAGGGAAAGAGAGGGGGAGGGUAUGGGAGAAGGGAGAAGAGAGGAAGGAGAAGAAGGAGGUGGGGAGGGAGGUGGGGAAGGAGGAGGGGAAGUGGGUGGAGAGGGAGAGGGAGCAGGAGAGGGAGGGGGAGAGGGAGGGGGAGAGGGAGGAGGAGAAGGAGGAGGAGAAGGAGGGGGAGGGGACAAGGGGAACGUUGGCAGUGGUGGCGGUAAUAUGGGUCUGGGAAUGGGCAUGGGGAUGGCGAUGGGUGGAGAGGGGGAGUGGGGGACACCAGGGUCCAGGCAAAGGGGUCACCAGGGGGAUUUACUCAGUCUGCUGCGCUAUGGCAGCAUGGGUGGGCUUAUUCUCGCCGCCAAGUCACCCCCCUCUGCCCCCACUCCUCCUGGAGCCGCUCCUGGUUUUUCUCCUGGGUUUUCCCCUGGGUUUUCUCCUGGCCGUUCCACUCGGUGUUCCCCUGGGUUUUCACCUGGGCACUCCCCAGGGCCCUCCCGUCUCCCCCCCCUCCCAGCGGGACAGAGGGGGUCUUUCAGGAGCCACCCUGCCCCGGACCCCCUUGCCGCAGGGACGAGCAUGGCGGCAGCGUCAGGGUCACCCAUGCCAUCCGCGCAAGGAGGGCAGCAGGGCAGGCAGGAGCUGGGGCUGAAUGGGCGAGCAUCAGCACUCAGAGCAGACGCUGCUGCUGCCUUCAGCCCGGCCGGCCAGGCAGCAGGGGAGGCAGCAUGGACAGAGACAGGACGGAAGGAGAUCACCCACGCUGCCACAGGCAGGCGCAUGGAGAGGUGGGUGGGCGCAUGGAGAGGUGGGUGGGCGCAUGGAGAGGUGGGUGGGCGCAUGGAGAGGUGGGUGGGCGCAUGGAGAGGUGGGAAGAGGAGAAGAGGGCAAUGGCUGGGGGAAGGUGGGGUUUUCGGCACUAAGAGGAGUUGUGCUGAGCCUGCUGCAGCAGGGGCUGGGUACGACUGGGAAGGGGAGGUCACCGGGCAGGUGACGGAAACUUUUUACGGGUUCCAUCUGGGGCACACCCAACCGUCCCCCUCCUCUCUCUUCCACUCCGCGCCUACUGCAGCAGCUGCUGCUGCUGCCGUCACUCGUUCCGACGCUCACUUGCCGUCAGCUCAAACCGCCAAUGAGACAGCCUCUGUAACAGGGUUACCACCAGUGCAGGGUGGUUCUGAGGUGCGUCCAUGCCUUGAUCACUCCAGCGGUCUCCCAUGGGCCCAUGGCGGGUGUGAGGUGCUUGCAGGGUGUGGGAAUCAACGAAGUCUUGAGAAAUCCCAAGGGUCGCGUGCAGGGUUAGAGUCAAAUGGGCACGCCAACAUCUUGCGAGUCUCUUCUCUCCCACCCAACUCCUCUUUGAUGCCCUCACAACCCUCCAUCCCUCAACCCCCAACCGACCGCACACACCCCUCCUCGCAGCCUUCCCCCCAGCCCUCACCCGCAGCGUCCCCUGCCUCUUCCAAUCUGCUCGCCCCUCUCCCACGCUCCCUUGCUCGCCAGAGGCCCGUGGUCUCACUCUCGCCAAACCGGGACAGUUUUCCGGGCAGUUACGAAGGAUUAGGGCAGUUUGAAGGGCAGGGAACGGAAGACAAUUAG